CUUCUUUAUCUGGAUGAGGAGGAAAGCAAUGGCGUGUUUCUCGAUUCCCCUUCCCACUAUUGACCCGCAAAAUUCUGCUGAUGUUUUUGUUUAUUAUAGCUGAGCGAGCUGCUGUUUUGUUGAUUUCCGAGAAUUUUGGAGUGAUUUUUGUUUCUCUAAUUGUAUUCAGGAGUUUUGGCGCGCAAUGAGAAGCGGAAUUGGGCCGUUUCUCCGUCUGAUGUUGGUUAUCAUUUUGGAACCAGUGGGUUUUCCGUCGCGAUCGCCACCGCCGUUACUCAUCCUUUAGCUUGAAUGCAGAUGUGCUUAAAGUUAGGUUGCAAAUGCAACUUGUGGGGCAGAGGGGGCCUCUAAUUGGAAUGGGACAACUGUUCGUGCAACUGUUGAAUAAUGAAGGGCCAAGGUCUCUGUAUUUGGGGUUAUCACCAGCUCUGACAAGAUCGGUUCUAUAUGGAGGUCUCCGUUUAGGUUUAUAUGAACCGUCAAAGUAUGCUUCUGAUUUGGUUUUCGGGUCUACUAAUAUCUUUGUUAAAAUUGGAUCUGGAGCAAUUUCUGGUGCAGUUGCAACUGCUCUCACCAAUCCAGUUGAAGUUCUCAAGGUGCGAUUACAAAUGAAUCCGAACUCAACCAGAGGGCCAAUCAAAGAAAUGUCCAAAAUUGUUUCUGAGGAGGGACUAAAAGCUCUUUGGAGGGGAGUUGGCCCUGCUACGGCCAGAGCAGGUGCUUUGACAGCAUCUCAGCUGGCAACAUAUGAUGAAGCUAAGCAGGUUUUAGUAAAGUGGACACCCUUAGAAGAAGGAUUUCCUUUGCAUCUCAUCUCAAGUACAGUAGCGGGUGUGGUGAGUACUCUCAUGACAACGCCUAUUGACAUGGUUAAAACACGUCUUAUGUUACAACGUGAGUCUAAAAGAGCUGGAAGUUACAAGAGUGGACUUCAUUGCGCAUAUCAGGUUAUUCGAACUGAAGGGCCUCUGGCACUUUACAAGGGGGGCCUAGCCAUUUUUGCACGAUUGGGUCCACAAACCACAAUCACAUUCAUAGUCUGUGAGAAGUUACGGCAGCUUGCAGGAUUAAAUGCAAUCUAGACGUGAUAAAUGUGCAGUUCCAAGCAGACAGACAAAUAAAUCCAACUAUAUAUAGAGAGUCCAAGUGAGAACAUUUAAUUUCUUUUAUAAUGCAAAGAUCAGUCAAUUGGUUGCUGACGAACCCCUCCAAUUAUUUCUAGUUACUCAAUUAUUUGCCCCCUUGAAAAAGUCCAUUUUCGUGUCGAUUUUCUUUUCAACCGGGGUCGUCUUAGCUACCCCAUCAUCCCCAUUGAUUAUUGGGGAGAGUUCUUCAUCUUCAUCUAGUCAGGGUUUUUGAAAAUAAGUCUAAGCCACCUCUACGAACUAUUCGCCUCCCGAUUGAACUCCGGAUUAUUGUUUGUAUCCCUUGAAAAACGGUCAGAACUCGAUCCUUUAUUUGUCCA